UCUCAUAAAAAGACCAAACUUAAUGGUUUGACUGAGACUGGAGGAAUCCCGGCGGCCAUGCUCUCCAGACCUUCUGUUGACACAGGACAGGAACCAUCCCCGAAGACAACUCAUCAGACAUGAAAGAGACUGGUCAGCGGGUGGGAGAGAGACGCUGAUGAAGAGUGAGCUAAUUAAAUCAGGUGGACACUUGAGAGUGUGAUGGCAACUCUUGUCUGGAGGGGGGAUGGGAGGAUAGAGAGAGAGGGAAGCCGGCAAAAUUGUCAAGAAAGGAGAGACUGAAAGGCCUGACUCAAGACGGGGAGAGUAAGUGGGAGUAGGGAGUGAGAUGUAUGUAAACUUAUAUGUGACAGACUGAUUGGAUUUGUAAACGUUCACUUGAAGCUUAAUAAAAGUUAUUAUAAAAAAAAAAAAAAUGUGGCUGCUAACCAAAAGGUCAGCAGUUUGAAUCCACCGAAACCGUAUGGGGCAGUUCUACCCUACCCUAUAUGGUAGCUAUGAGUUGGAAUUGACUCGACAGCAAUGGGUAGGUACAAUUGAGUCAAUUUUCAACUCAUGAUGACUCAAUGUGACAGAGUAGAACUGCCGCAUAUGGUUUUCUAUUUUCUGGGCAGUAGUCUUUACAGGAGCAGAUCACCAGAUCUUUUUUCCUGUGGAGCCCCUGGUUGGGUUCAAACCGUCGACCUUUCAGUUGGCAGCCAAGCACUUAACCAUUGCACUGCCUCUGCUCUUUUGCUCCUUUUUACCAUUUGUUAUUGUGUGCUGUCGAGUUGGUUCUGACUCACAGAGACUCCAUAGGACAGAGUGGAGCUGCCCCAUGGGAUUUUAUAAGCAGAAAUCUUUAUGAAAGUAGAUCCCCAGGUCUUUUCUUCCCCGGAGCUGCUGGUGGGUUCAAACCGCUGACCUUUCGGUCAGCAGCUGAGUGCUUAACCAUUGCACCACUAAGGCCCUUUUUACCAUUUAUUAGUAGCUACCAAGUACUUACCAUGCUUACGAUGGAGAGCACAAAGAAGUGCUUGUAUUAGAAGUUCAGUGAAGAAGUUCAAGUUCACUGACAAAGGAGGAUUUGACUGGCUCACUGAGGGAAUAUUUGAGAGCAAUUAUCUUUCCCUUCCAUCUGUGGAUGAUACUUUAUCCUGUCAUAAAACCUUCAGAAAUAAUCAGCUUUUCUUUACAUCCAAUAAGCCAAAAAGAAUAAAUGGGAGUUAAUUUUCUCUUUGUUUCCACUUGAUUAGCCAUGGUUUGUUUCCAAACUUCACCGAGUGAUUCCUGGGUUUAUCCCACUGUGAUCCUUUGCCUAUUUGGAUUUUUCUCCUUGAUGAGACCUUCGGAACCAUUCCUCAUCCCAUAUUUAUCUGGACCAGAUAAAAACCUGACGAGUGAAGAGCUCACAAAUGAGAUCCUUCCCGUGUGGACUUACUCUUACCUGGUGCUGUUGUUCCCUGUGUUUGUCCUCACCGAUUUCGUCCGCUACAAGCCUGUCAUCAUUUUACAAGGGAUUAGCUUCAUCAUUACCUGGCUGCUGCUCCUGUUUGGCCAAGGAGUGAUGGCUAUGCAGGCUGUUGAGUUCUUCUAUGGGAUGGUCACUGCCACCGAGGUGGCCUACUAUGCCUACAUAUACAGCGUGGUCAGCCCAGAGCAUUAUCAGAAAGUGAGUGGCUACUGUAGGAGCAUCACGCUGGUGGCCUACACAGCAGCCUCAGUGCUGGCCCAACUCCUGGUAUCCCUGGCGAAUGUCUCCUACUUCUACCUCAAUGUUAUAUCCAUGGUGUGUGUCUCUGUGGCCUUCCUUUUUUCACUUUUUCUACCAAUGCCCAAGAAAAGCAUGUUCUUUCAUGCCAAACCCAGCAAAGACCUGCAGAAGUCACCCAGCACAAAUGCAGUGUUAGAUGAACCUCCCAAGGGCGAUGCCCCAGGCUGUAAAGAGGAGAAACUCCCUCCAAAAAUACCUACCAAUUCCAAGAAUCUGGAUGUUGACCAGUUGAAUAGCCCAAAGCCAGAAAACAUGGCUUUGAGAGUCUUUGUGCAGUGGUUCCAAGAUUUGAAGGAGUGUUACUCCUCAAAGCAUCUCUUUUACUGGUCCUUGUGGUGGGCUCUUUCCACAGCGGGUUUUAACCAGAUUUUGAACUAUGUUCAAAUCCUGUGGGAUUACAAGGCACCAUCCCAAAAUUCUUCCAUCUAUAAUGGGGCCGUCGAAGCUAUUGCAACUUUUGGAGGGGCCGUGGCUGCCUUUGCUGUUGGUUAUGUGAAAGUCAACUGGAACCUUCUGGGAGAGCUGGCUCUGGGGAUCUUCUCAGGUGUCAAUGCAGGCGCCUUACUUCUCAUGCAUUAUACAACCAACAUCUGGGCGUGCUAUGCUGGCUAUUUGAUAUUCAAGUCAGGCUAUAUGCUUCUUAUAACCAUAGCAGUAUUUCAGAUCGCGGUUAAUCUGAGCGUGGAACGCUAUGCCCUGGUGUUUGGACUCGACACCUUCAUUGCCUUGGUGAUCCAGACCAUUAUGACUGUGAUCGUGGUAGAUCCCAGAGGGCUCAACCUGCCAAUCAGCAUUCAGUUUUUAGUGUAUGGGAGUUAUUUUGCAGCAAUUGCUGGAAUAUUCCUAAUGAGAAGCGUAUACAUUAUCUACUCGGCCAAAUAUGGAAAGCAAGUGCCGGACUCUUCUACAAGUCAGAAUCCAGAUGGGCCACACCCAGAGGAACCAACACCUGUGACGAUGGAACAAAGCUCUAGCCUUACCACAUCAACCUCUGUGGAUUUGGAGCAUGGGCUCAGCUGGCCUCAAAGUUCCUGAGUGAUAACGUGCUCUGCUUUGUCAAAUUGACAUGUUUUGCAAAGUCUGGACUCCAGUGAAGCUUUUCAAAACCACAACAAAAUCUCAGCUUUAGACCAGAUAACUCUGUGCCCAGCUGAACAGGACCCAUCAUCUCAAUUAA